CCCGCACUCUCACUUAACCUCCACAUAGUACCGGACGGGAAAUAACUUCAAAUAUUUUUUUUUUUUUAAAGAUCCUUCUCAUUCUCCCCUCUGACGACGACGCCCAAGUGUUUUCUUCUACUUUGUGAUCCUCUGCGGAGCGCAAACAGAGGAGUUACCAAAGUCCCAGACACGCUCCAGCGAUGGUGACUUUACGCACGGGAUUGGAAGGCUGUUUGAACUGACUGCUCUUGUUUUGGUCUCAACGCUGCUACUCUUUAUCAUCGCCCCAUAACAAUCCUCCAGUGUUGCCAGGAACACGCAGCGUAUGCCCAAUAAGUGAAUCCAGGUGACGUUCAUGAAUUUUAAAGUCAUCCACAAGUGAGAAGAGGCUGUUGGAGUUGAAGUCUCUUAUUUCUAGAAUGAUGUCUUCCAUGCGAGCAACGCCUCCCUUUCACCCACCAUCUGAGGAAGAGGAAGCGAUGGGUCAGGACAAUGCGGCCUGGGCCAGUGAGGAGCGAGAGGGCCCAAAGGAGACACCGUCUCCCUCUUCGCAUGACCGACCCCACCCGGACGAGCUACAGCCAAUCGGACAGAAGCUGACGGAUGCUGAGUGGGAGAACGUGGUGCCUGCUGCGAUGGACAAUGAAAGCAGUAAAGGCUGCUCAGUCUACUCCUACCGGACUAACUCUACCUCUCCACCCAAGCCAGAGGAGUGUUCCAGGGAUCGCGGGGAUCCAAUGAUCAGCCUCGCCUUCGGGACGCCGGAGCGCCGCAAAGGAAGCCUGGCAGACGUGGUGGACACACUGAAACAGAAGAAACUUGUGGAGCUGACCAAGACAGAACAAGACGAUUCAGAAAAGGUUUUAUUGCCAAAACCGACUUGCAUGGAGAGGCUCCUCUCCAAAGAUUGGAAGGAGCACGUCGACCGCCUGAACGCCAACGAACUGCUGGGGGAAGUCAGAGGUACACCGGAGUCGCUGGAGGAGAAGGAGCACCAGCUUUCCACCAUGAUUGGUCAGCUGAUCAGUCUGAGGGAGCAGCUCCUCUCGGCCCACGAUGAGCAGAAAAAGAUGGCCGCCUCACAGCUGGAGAAGCAGAGACAACAGAUGGAGCUGGCCAGGCAGCAGCAGGAGCAGAUUGCCAGACAACAGCAGCAGCUCCUGCAGCAGCAGCACAAGAUAAACAUUCUCCAACAACAGAUCCAGGUCCAGGGUCACAUGGCUCCUCUGAUGAUCCCAGUGUUUCCUCACGACCAGCGGUCUCUGGCUGCUGCCGCUGCUGCACAGCAGGGCUUCCUCUUUCCGCCGGGCAUGUCCUACAAGCCAGCAGGUGAGAAUUACCCCAUGCAGUUCAUUCCAUCUACAAUGGCAGCUGCAGCGGCGUCUGGACUCAGCCCGUUACAACUACAGCAGCUGUAUGCCGCCCAACUGGCAAGCAUGCAGAUCUCACCAGGAUCCAAGAUGGCUCCCCUCCCACAGGCUCCCAACUCCUCCGGUCCCCUUUCCCCCUCCGCCAUGAAGAGCGAGAAGCAAGCAUCCAGUCCUGUCGCUCACAUUAAGGAGGAAGGAUCCACACAGCCAUUGAACCUCUCAGCCAGACCCAAGACAACUGAGCUGCUUCGCUCCCCGACGUCCCCGACACAGAGUCUGUUCUCCGGAAACAAGACCAGCCCUACAGGCAUGGGCAAGGGCCGCAUCCCAAGCCCCAUCGCCAACAUGGGCAGGAACACCUCUCUGGACAUCCUGUCCAGCCUCAACUCCACAGUGCUGUUUGGGGACCAGGAUGCGGUGAUGAAGGCCAUCCAAGAGGCCAGGAGCAUGAGGGAGCAGAUCCAGAGGGAGCAGCUCCACCACCAGCAACAGCAGCAGCAGCAGCAGCCGGGACACCACAGUCUGGAGGCCAAACUGUCGGCCCUCAGCAGCAUGAGCCUCAACAACGGCAACAAGGAGCGGCUGCAUUAUGAGUCGCUGAGCCAGCACCUGGGGAAGCUCGGGGAGGAUGCUGGGAAGAUGGUCCAUCGAGUCAUUGACCUGACGAGACCAGAAGAUCUGGAUGGGAGUAAUAUCACAGAGGCGCGAGUGUUCAGGGAGGCGCGUGGCAGGAACAACGCAGAGCCCCACAUCAAGAGGCCCAUGAACGCCUUCAUGGUGUGGGCCAAAGACGAGAGGAGAAAGAUCCUGCAGACCUUCCCUGACAUGCAUAACUCCAACAUCAGCAAGAUUCUAGGCUCUCGCUGGAAAGCAAUGACCAACCAGGAGAAGCAGCCGUACUAUGAGGAGCAGGCCCGUUUGAGCAAGAUCCAUUUGGAGAAAUAUCCCAACUACAAGUACAAGCCGCGGCCCAAGAGAACCUGCAUCAUCGACGGCAAGAAGCUGCGCAUUGGAGAGUACAAGCAGAUGAUGCGGUCACGGCGUCAGGAGAUGAGGCAGUUCUUUGUCGGGCCUCAGCCACAGAUUCCUCUCGGCAACGGCCCCGGCGGAGUUGGAGUUUACCCAGGUGCCAUAACCAUGGCAACGGCAGCCACACAAUCCCCACACCUGACCUCAGACUGCUCAAGCAACUCAGCCAGCCCUGAACCCGCCAUCCCUGUCAUUCAGAGCACGUACGGGAUGAAGUCCGAGCCUGGCGGCGGAGGCAACAACGGUGGCAGGGUCAGAGCCUUGGAUCUGCCCAGCGACCCCACCAACGGAGACGACGACAUGGACAUGUACGAGGACUUUGAGGACGAGCCCAAGUCAGACUAUAGCAGCGACCACGAGACACGAGAGGCCGUCAGUGCCAACUGAGUGUGCUCAGGGUGUCCAGUUGUAAAAAAAAAAAAAGAGAGAAAAUAAAUCCUCUGUUACACUCAGAGACACUUUUUAAAAACAGUUUAUUAUAGAGACCUUCAGGCAAACUUUCAGGACAUGUUGCGCCAUGCACUGAGCAUGCCCAGACAGGAUUCAAACUCAGCGGACAUGCUCAGGAAGUUCUUCGGCAGUAUCUCGAUGGAGGUCCAUUUGAAGGAGAGGGCUGAUGGAAAAAAAAAAGUGUGACCCAAGAAAACAAGCUAAACAGACACCUGGACAUCCAACUGACAUUAACCUUUAGUUUCCUACACUUUGACAAUCUUAACAGGAGCAGAUAAGAGUUAGAGGAGAGAGAGAGAGCGAGAGCGAGCGAAUGGGACGAUGGACAAAUGAGCGACAAACACAUUGCUGUGUGGUUUGUAAAGAGCAUGCAUGGAUUUUGAAGCAUCAGGAAUUGGUCUUCAACAGCUAUUUGGUCUUAAAUGUUUAAGGAGUGAUUUAGUUUCUAUCAUUAUGUAUUUACUUUUCUGUGUUUUUUUUUUGUUCAAUAGACUUUUUUUCUGACAGGUCACUGCCUGUACAAACUCUGGACUGUCAGAACUUGAAAUUUGAAAAGUUUUAAUAUAAAUCCUAGCUAUUGUAAUCUUAUAGUCUUACUUUUGUUUCUUACGAAUACAGUGCAUCUACAUCUUGUUUUCUGACAAACUGCUUACAUUACAUUACUGUUAUUUUUUUUUUUAUAUAUAUAUCCCAGCUCAGGUAUGAUGUGCCAGCUUGUGAAUGUGUUUUUUGGUUUUGUUUGUUUUCAUACAAAAAGAGUGGUAGGACUUUUCCGACUGUCAAUGAAAUAAAGGGAGCAACAUCCCUUAUAUCACAUUAUUAUUAUUAUUAUUAUUAUUAUUAUUAUUAUUAUUAUUAUUAUUAUUAUUAAAAUAAUAAUAAGUAAGUAAGUAAGUACCCAGGCAUUGUACAUUGAUUUUCUUCAAAUGUGCCAAACCUACAUUCACAUUCACUCGGGAUGUUGUAGUCUUAACUUCCAAUGCUGCAAAAAAGUCUUAUACAAUCAGCUUUUUCUAUCUGAUGAGAUGAGUUUCUACUCGGUAACUGCUGGCUCCCCUCCUGGCCCAAUCACAGGCAAAGCUCAGGGAGGAUGUGUUUUCAUCACGCUUGCUCAGUCACACACACACACACACACACACACACACACACACACACACACACACACACACACACACACACACACACACACACACACACACACACACACACACACACACACACACACACACACACACUUCGAUCUUUGGCAGUCCCUCCAGCUUUCAGAUGUAGUUACAGUAGAAGAGUCUGUUCUUCAAUUCCACUGCAUUGGUGCUUUCAUGAACCACAUUGCCCAUAGUUCCUUUAGGCCAAACACUUAGCACAUUGUGCUGUUAAGUGCAGUACGGUGUAACCAAACGCCGCCAUUUAGCAUUUGAGUUUGUACCUUUCAAUCUGGCCAAAGGUAGAGACGUGUUUCGGCUUAAUUUCUGCUGAGACACUUUUAAGAGUUCUUUUAAGUCUUAAAAGUGUACCGAUAGCUCUGUUCAUUCAGCGUCAUAGGAAAGGGGAUGAGCAGUGUUAGAAUGACCCUUCUGUAGGAUAAAAGUUCCUAAUAUUCUGGAUCCCUUCACUGUAUUUUGAAUUGUGUUUUGAUGCGGUACAAAAUGUUACUAUUUUUAUUAGCCUGUUUAUAUUUGUAAAUGUCUUCUCAGCAUCAUGUGGGAAAGAUACACCAAACUUGUGUUUUAAAAAAAAAAGAAGAAUUUAUAUAGUUGCAAAAAAUGGGUUUAAGAGGUCUGUUAUUUCAAAAAGGGUACAUUUUUUCUACGUUGCAUGUAUAUUUUGAAGACAAGUAAAUUAUUAAGAGAAGAAUAGAGGAGGAAAAGUGCAUAGUUCUCAAUCAGCUUCUCAGUCAGCCAUCAGUCAGAGCAAAGUUUUUCCACAGUCUGAACCAAGAUGUUCCUCUUUCGUCUUGGUGCGGCACAGUGGUCAGCACCAUGCUGGGUGUGCACUCUUUUUCCUCUAUUUUACUCGAAUGUCACAUUCUUUCUCUCUAGACACAUAAUAUUUUUUCUUUGUCUCUUUCAACACACAUUUUGAACAUUUUGAACACCUGUGACCUCGGAUGGUUUCUGGGUGCUCUGUUCAGCUGUCAGCUGUUUCACACGUCUUCAUGAAUCCAUAGUUCUGACCAUAUCUGGCAGUUUUUACUUGCUUCACAAGCUGGGACUGAACAUUGGUUUUUGCUUGCAUCACGGUAAAAAAAAAAAGAAAAAGCCUCAUGCAUAGACAUUUCUGUUAGUGUCAUACGCAUCCUAAGCACUGGAUAUAAAUUCUAUGUUUUUUUUUGUUUUUUUAGUAUUGACUAAUGUGAAGUUGUUGUUUGGUUUUCAACAUGAUAAAUUAGAACAGUCAAAGGUCAUUAUAGGAAGCCUCUUACAUGCCAGGCACAAGUAAAUUUCCAUUUCUUUAGAAACAUUUCAUUAUUUGAAGCAAGUUUUGUCGCCGCAGCUCUAGUGCCGCCUGAAGGGGUCACAUCGCCUCUCAUCUCUUUAAAACCUCAUGCUCUUGUCAGUUGUGCCCGGCAGAAGCAGAACACAAGUUUCCUGGUCACAUACAUUUUGUGAUGAGUAUUGUAUUUGAAAUUCAAUUGUGCGUUUUAACAUUUCAUUGUAUUUAUUAGCCAUCGUUGGCUCUAAAAAGUGUCAGUACAACUUGGUGAGAAAGACAAUCAAAAAAAAAUAAAAGAAAUAAAAAGUAAA